AUGGCACCGUCGACCGACAUCGUCGUUAAAGCAGGGAUUGAAAGCUUUGGCAUGCUAGAGGAUUGCACCGGCCGGAUGAGGCCUCCUUAUCAAGCUCAUCAUCCUCGUCUUCACCGACUUCAUCAGCAUCCUUCAUUGAUGACGACACAAAUUCAGAUUGCCCCCAAGAAGGAAGCUACUGAUUCUUACCAGGCUGUGCAGGCUUGUGGUAGAUAUUUGGCUACUUCUGAUUACUGUACCAAGAUACCGCUUUUUUCAGUCUCAUGCGUGAGCAAUGGUGCAGUUGCAGUUGAGGGACCUAUUACUACUUCAGUUUUUAACGUCGUACAUUUUGGCGCUCAUCCCAACGGGAAAAAGGAGAGUACCCAGGCAUUCAUGAAGGCAUGGAUUGCUGCUUGCCAUUGGGGGGGAAAGGCAAGGCUGGUCAUCCCAACAGGGACAUUCUUAGUUGGGCAGGUGUUCUUUACAGGACCAUGCAACAGCCCAAUUCCCAUAAUUGUUCAAGUGAAGGGAACUGUUAAAGCAGUAUCAGAUGUCAGUGAAUACCCAUCUGCUGAAUGGAUCUCUUUUGAAUCAUUGAACGGGUUGAUUCUUACCGGAGGAGGAACCUUUGAUGGUCAAGGUGCUGCAGUCUGGCAAUACAACGACUGUGAGAAGAACCCCGACUGCCAGAUUCUUCCCAUGUCUAUAAAAUUCAGCUCCGUGAAGAAUGCAAACGUUCGUCGGAUCAACUCCGUCAAUAGCAAAUCGUUCCAUAUAGCAAUUAACCAUUGCGAAAACUUCAGAGCACACGAUCUCCAUAUCACAGCCCCUGAAGAUAGCCCCAACACGGAUGGUAUUCACAUCAGCAGCUCCAUUGACGUCAGGAUAUCUAAGUCUUACAUUGCAACCGGGGAUGACUGCAUCUCUAUCGGCCAAGGCUCAACCAAUAUCUCCAUCGCCCGUAUCACCUGUGGCCCAGGUCACGGCAUUAGUGUGGGUAGCCUUGGCAAGUAUCCAGACGAGAAGGAUGUAAAAGGAAUCACAGUCAAGAACUGCACGCUCACAAACACCGACAAUGGUGUUAGGAUUAAAACCUGGCCUGGAUCCCCGCCCAGCCAGGCUUCAAAGCUUCGAUUUGAGGACAUUAUCAUGAACAAUGUUCGUAACCCCAUCAUCAUAGAUCAACUCUACUGCCCGAAGUCGGAACCACUGAUUGAUUCUGUUUUAUUUUCCGGCCGGCAGCCAUCUCGUGUAAAGAUCAGCGAUGUUCAUUUCAAGAAUAUCAGAGGCACCUCGGCAUCAAAGGUUGCAGUCAAUAUCGCGUGCAGCGAACAGUUGCCCUGUGAGGACGUUCAACUGUUCGACAUAGAUUUGAAAUACAACAGCACCAAACCCGAUGAUUUGGCUCCCUUGGCCUUGUGUUCUAAUGCUCAACCAGACUUCGGGGGAACCCAGAUGCCAGCUCCUUGCAGAUAA